AUGUGCUUGCAGGGGGAGGAGACGUGCGAAGGGGGUGAUAAGGACGGUAAACAUUGUAUUUGGCGUGGUUAUGAGAGAGACGGAUGGGCCACACCUCCUUUUGAUAUGAAGGGAGGAUGGGAGCGCCGGUUUGAUAAAGACCUUUCCCUAUCAGUGCGGGGAGCCUUCAUACCUAACAUUGAGGGCGCGCUGGGACUCGCAAUCACCUCGGAAUUUGGUGAUACGUACGGUCGGCGUAUCGAUGCAUGCUAUUUGACGCACGAUUACCAGAUGGCGGCUAUCACAAACCUGCUGGAACCAGAACAAGUCACGAAUUGCACUAAGGCUUGGACCAAAACCUUGCGUCGUGACCCCGCAAUGUUGGUAGGUAUGUGUCGAAGUGUCGAAGCCAACGAGAACAGCAGGGGUGAUCGUUUUCAGCCAGUAAACGAGCGUUUAGUUGGGAUCCUCCAGCCAAUGCGAUAUGACACAUGCCUUUUGCUGAUUGGUAUCUACGAAAACUUGCAAGCACUGAAGUACCGACUCGGACACGAAGACAUUGAGAAUGCGGUGGGGAGAACGUUUGUUGCGUGGAGCUGGCGGAAUGAAGCCCGGGUGUGGAAAACUCGGACGGGGAAAGGAAUGGAGGCCUGAGAUGAUGUAAAGGGUAAUAAGAGAACAUGAGGAGGUGCCCUGCAGGAGUCGUGGAAUAAUGAUCAAUCGAAGAAUGGAAUAUCCUAUGUGAUUAGUGAUAAUCGU